UUAUUACUCAGUUCUCACGACCCCCUCUUACUCUCCCCUCCCCCCUCCUUCUUCCCCAAUUACAGAACAUGUUUCUUGCCCGGCGAUCCGUGGCGUCUACGCGCCUGUUGCUGCGGAAUCAGCAACCCCGUCGAUUGGGUUCCCAUGCCGCCCAUGCUGAGCCCGUGAACGAGGGCGUCGGUCGCAGCUUCUACGUAACCAUCGGUAGCAUCGCAUCCGGCCUCGUCCUCUACCGCCUCAGCCAGUCCGACUCCCCCUCAUGGAUCACCAACCUGAUCGAGAAGUGGACUCCCUCGGAGCAGCUGUUCGAGCACCGCAACGCCAUCCACACCGUCGCCAUGGAGAAGGCCGCCAAUGACCGUCACCUGUUUGGCAGCCAGGGUCCCCGUGAAUCCUACGAUCUGAAGCAGCACGAAGUCAGCUUCCACCCCGGCCCUCCCUAUAACAACAUCGCCGGCGGCGCCCCCGACUUGAGCCACGUCCGGGCCCACUACGAGCAGGAGCACAAGACCAAGGAGGAAGCUCGUGCUCUGAGGGCUAAGGAUGGCAAGGCUGUGAGCUUGUACGAUUAGAUUAAAAUCAUAUGUAUCUUUCUUUUUUAUGAUCUUGCUGUGUUGUAUCGUUCUCAGUGGACGGGAUGCAAUGGAUAGAUGCCGGAGGAAUUGAUGGCUGGCAUGGUGUACAUAGGAUGCGGAAGCUAAGGAUCUUCUA